AAGCAAAAAAAGAGAAAAAAAAAGGUAACAGAGGGUUUUAGGGUUAAUUUAUGUUCGAUUUAGCUGAGUAAUUGAUUUAUUAUUCUUCUUCAAAUUUCUGUUUCUUCUUUGUUUUGAUUUUAUUAUUUCAAAACUCCAAAAAAAAAAAAAAAUUGUGAUUGAAGCUCUUGAUGUCUACGGUGGCGAAGGCGGUGACUGGAAGUGGAUUACGGGAGAAGACGGCAGCGUCACUGGUCAAUUCCUUCCGAUUAGCGUCUGUGACUCAACGUUUACGUUACCACAUUCAAGUCGGACCUAAGACUGAUUCUAAGGAGUUUCAGAUCUGUUGCAUCUCUUUCGCCAAAGGCAUUGAUUUUGCUAUAGCCAACAAUGAUAUUCCCAAGAAGGUUGAAGAGUUCCCCGGGUUGCUCAAACAGGUGUGCCGUCAUGGAACUGAUGUGUACACUAAGACGGCUGUUAUGGUGCUCAUGAUCUCUAUCAAGCAUGCUUGUCAACUGGGAUGGUUUUCGGAUAGCGAGAGUCAAGAACUUCUAGCUCUUGGUGAUGAGAUAAGGACUAGUUUUGGGUGUUCUGGAAGCACUAUCACUGGCAUCAACAGUCCCGGCAGUACAUUUUCGCAGAUCAUGGAGAAGUUCUAUCCGUUUGUGAAGCUUGGUCAUGUUCUUGUUUCUUUUGAAGUGAAGGCUGGCUACAAAAUGCUGGCGCAUGAUUUCCAUAUCUCAAAGAAUAUGCCACAUUCACUCCAACAGAAAAUUCGGCUAUUUGUUGCCCAAACAGACAACAUAGACACGUCUGCCUGUAUUGCAAAUCCUCCAGAAGUCAGCUUCCUGUUAAAUGGAAAGGGGGUAGAGAAGAGAGUUAAUAUUGCAAUGGAUUCAGGGCCUCAACUCCCUACAAAUGUUACUGCACAGCUGAAGUACGGAACUAAUCUUCUCCAAGUGAUGGGGAAUUUUAAGGGUAAUUGCAUCAUCAUAAUUGCAUUUACGGGAGUGGUAAUGCCGCCUGAACAACCUGUUCUUAAAGAUUACCUUCAGUCCAAAGUCAUUGAAUCAAGUCCAGAUUCAGACAUCAUUGAGGGGGCAUCACGAGUAUCUCUCAAUUGUCCUAUAAGUCGCAGGCGGAUCAAGCUUCCAGUCAAGGGCCAGUUGUGUAAACAUCUUCAGGCUUUUGAUUUCUCAAACUAUGUCAACAUAAAUAUGAGAAAUCCAUCCUGGCGCUGCCCACAUUGCAAUCAACCUGUUUGCUACCCUGACAUACGUUUAGAUCAAAACAUGGCCAAGAUAUUAAAAGAUGUGGGACACGACGCUGCUGGUGUAAUCAUCGAUGCUGAUGGUUCAUGGAAGGUUGCAAAGAAAACUGACCAGAGAGUGGAACCUGUGAGUGAGAUCAUUCAUGAUCUAGAAGACCCAAUGAGCUUGUUAAACUCUGGUCCAGUUGUUUUUGAUCUAACGGGGGAUGAUGAUGAUGAUGAUGCCGAAAUGGAAGUUUUUGGUGACAACAAGGUUGAGGAUCGGAAGCCCUGUUUGUCUGAUGCUCAGGGUCAAUCUAAUAAUAACACAAAUAAAGAAGCUUCAAACGAUGAUUACUGUUCGAUAUUCGAUAUAUCUGAUGUGAUCGCACUUGACCCGGUAAUAUUAUCUGCUUUGGAAAACACUGCGCCACAACCGCAUCAAGCUUCGAAUACUGGAACAGGUCAACAAUACUCAAACUUGUCCCAAACACCCAUGUCCAUAGAUCCAAUGCUGGUACCUGUGCCAUUCUCACAGACACCAUCUCCAAGAGAUAGACCAGCAACUACGUCCACUGGCUUCACCAUACCGAAUCCCUCUCCGCAAGUAUCUCAGGUUCAUGCUUCAUCUGUUACCCCCACUGGAACAUAUCUUGGUAGAGCCUCUAGUCCGAGAUUGAACCAGACUUAUCCAUAUCAAGCGUCAUCAAUGACAACUCCAUAUCAGAGCCGGAAGGUCCCAAUUCCAGCUACGAGCCAGUCGCCAGCGAAUAUUUCGUCUUAUGUUCAGUCUCAGCAUGUCCCUAGAGUACUCAGCCAGCCUAAUAGUUAUGGCAUCAGAGGUCUAACCAGUAAUAACCAUGUAAGCACUCAAAGGCAGCACUCAAGUGGUCCACCUGUUCAAUCUGUUUCUCGAACCAGUGACCUAAUGGAUGUAGAUUUGACCGCUCCUGACACAACCAACUGGCGCCCGAGAAUGCGAGGCAGUCUUGUGCCCGGUUCUCAUUCCACUGCUCUUGACCACAUGAUCAUCCGACCUACCCAACAGUCUCAAACUUCCACUAGGCUUACCAGUUCACAGCCGGUUCAGACACCAUUGAUUCAAACCUCUCAAGCUCAGUCACCUUUUUCAACGGCUGCUUAUAGAACCGAGGCAGUUAUAGGAAACCGAAACCAUCCGGUGCCCGCUCCUACUGUCGCGAGGCCUACCGGACCGACAUCAUCAUGGAACUUGAGAGGGUAGAACGAAGGGAAGUUGGCACUUAGGAGUUAAAAGACAACACUAACAUAAUAAACUUUAGUGUAAUUUAUCACUUUCCCACGGCAUGAACAGAGUUUAGGA